GACAAAAUGGUUCCUUAAUUCAACAAAAGGCCCACCAAAUAAAGGUCCUACAAGAACAGCCAGCAAUAACGGAUAUGCCCCUUAUCCGAACAUUACAGCAGGACCUACAUACCCUGUUGGAGAAGGAAGAUGUCCACUGGAGGCAACGAGCAAAAGCAGAUUGGGUGAAGCUUGGGGACCGCAACACCAAAUUUUUUCAUGCUAGUGCGAACCAACGAUGCCGGAACGAUUUUAUUCAUAAAAUUACUGAUGAGGAGGGGCAGACUUUGGAAGAGCCGGAAGCAAUAGCUUUGGAAAGGCAAAUUACUCUAGCUAUGAACAAGGAGUUAUUGAAGGAAUUCACAAUGGAUGAAGUAAGUCAGGCUUUGAACCAGAUGGCCCCCUAGAAAGCUCCAGGACCAGAUGGUUUCUCGACUUGUUUUUUUCAAAAACAUUGAGCAACUGUUGGUGAACA